AUGUCCUAUGUACUGGGUCGUAAUUGUCGUUUCCUGCAGGGUCCGAAGACAAACCCAUUCAGCGUUCGUCGUAUCCGUGAGAAGCUCGAUGCUGGUAAGGAGCAUUGCGAGACCUUUCUCAACUACCGGCGAGAUGGAUCACCCUUCAUGAAUCUUCUAAUGGUCGCGCCACUGUACGACAGUCGUGGCGUGGUUCGCUACCACAUCGGCGCUCAGGUCGACGUCUCUGGUCUUGUUAGAGACUGCUCUGGCCUCGAAUCUCUUGAGCGACUCGUCGAACGCGAAACUGUCGAGGGAAGUACGGACGGCUUCGUUAGGAUUCACCGCAAGAAUGGCCAGACCAACAGCAGUACCGACGCGAAAGAAGACGAGGCAAAGAAGGACGAGUUCCGCGAGCUCGCCUCGAUGUUCUCCCUCCAAGAGCUCAAGACAGUCCGUGAAUCUGGUGGCUCAAUGCACCGUGUGCAUCAGUCCGAGGCCCCGGACACCGAGGGGGUAUCCAAUUGGCACAAGCCUCGCCUCCUCAUUCGUGACGACGCAACCAUCGACCGCCGUGACUCGGAUCCAGUGCUGCAGUACUCGCCGGUGCAUAGCUCAGCCAGCGGCAAACUGGCCGGCGUCUAUGAGCACUACCUCCUCGUACGGCCAUAUCCGUCGCUACGGAUCCUCUUUGCGUCCCCAAGCCUCCGGGUCCCAGGAAUGUUGCAGUCCAACCUCAUGUCGCGCAUCGGCGGCUCCUCCAAAGUCCGUGAAGCUAUCGCCCAGGCUUUCGCCGAUGGACAUGGUGUUACCGCCAAGGUGCGCUGGCUUAAGUCUCGCGUAGACGCUGAGGGCGGACGUGCUCGCUGGAUCCACUGCACGCCGCUGCUGGGCAGCAACGGAGCCGUUGGUGUCUGGAUGGUGGUUCUGGUGGACGAUGAGCAGGACAGCGCAUCUAGGGCGCCGCGGGAUGCACCACCCGUCGACCGACACAUCCGAGGACUUGGCCGCAGAGAGUUCGCCGGCAGUGUGGACGAAAUGAGCCUGGAUAGCUUUGCUGGCGUUGGUGCCGGGAGUAUCGGCGGCGAGUCUGACGGCAGAUUCAGCAUGGGCGGAAGGGACCCUAGGGUUCCCAGGACGUAUAGAAAUGAUGGCGACUCGUCGUCCUCAAGAGGCCAUCGAAGAACCCCAGCGCUGAAUGGCCUGGCUAUGCAUGCAACUGGCCAUGGGUCUUGCGGUGACGGAGGCCCAGCGACGCCCAACACUGCGAGGUUCGACUCGCUGUGA